UGCAGCUCGAGUGAACUUCUUGGACUGUGGCCCGGCGCCAUCGCCCGCCCUCCUUUUCUUCUUCUGGUUAGCAACGUUUUAAAAGUCUGCUGCCCAGCAUGAAAAGAAAGCGUACUUCGGACAACUUCGUUGGGACCCAAAUAAAACAAGAGGUGAUUGAAGAUUGUCCCUCGGCGUCAAGGGAAUCAUCAAGCAGUCCAGAUGGAAUUUCAACUCCUGCUAAUAAUCCAGUUGAUGAGAGCGCCUGGCCCAGUUGUUGGACUGUGGAGCAGAAGAAUGAUCAUCUCCAAAAAAACGACUGGCUGUUUUUCAACGGCGGCAGGUUAGGCUGCUCAGUGUGUAGAGAUGUUGGAGACUUAGGGACGGAGAAGAUGGCUGCGGGUUCGCGUCUUGCAAAAGAGUGGACGCGUGGCCUGGUGUCAUUUUACGGAGAAUCAAGGAAACAGCAGCUGACCUCUCUCAGGAAAAAAAUUUGUGAACACAGGGACAGUCUAGGCCACAAAGCUGCGGUUAAAAUCGCAGCGGAGGAGCUGAGGGAAACGCUGGAAACCGCACAGUCCCGAGAAAGGGAGAUGGAAACCACCAAGAGGAUAUUCCGUACGGUGUAUAAGGUGGCCAGGAAGAACCAGUCUUUUAACGACUUGGGGGCCGACGUUGAUUUGCAGGAAUUAAACGGCAUUGACGUGGGGAGCAUUUUGUACCCGGCUACGUCUUGUGCACGCAUCGUCGACCACAUUGGCAGCGAGAUGAGAAUCGCGCUGAUUAAGAAGAUCACCGAUUCCAAGAGUAAAAUGUCACUGCUACUCGAUGAGUCUACUACGGUGAGCCAGAAACCCGUGCUGAUCGUGUAUAUUCGCAGCUACAUUGAAGAGAUGGACAUGGAUGGACCCUAUGAAUUACUUCAUUGGCUUGAUGUAGAGCUGGACGACGUGACAGCAAAUGGGAUAUUCACAAGUUUGAUGUCUACCCUUGAGUCACUAAGGAUCACCGAGGAAGUCUUGGAGGAAAGCUUGGUUUCGUUGACUUGUGACGGGGUCCCAUAG